ACAGGCUUGACAUUUGAGUGUUUUGCUUUGGUUUGUGUUAAGAAAGAUAAGCAAAACACAAAUAAGAAAAAUAAAUUAAAAACAAAAUCGGUAAAAAGUUUGUAAAAGUUGUGUGGUGUUUUUGGUUGAAAACCUGUCAAAUUUAAACAAAAAAAAAGUUCAAUUUCCACCAAAAAAAAUAUGUGGCAUAAACUGUUCUUACAAUGUGUGCUGCUAAGUGCCGCCUUAAGCUCUGUCAUGGCCAUCAAUUGUUACGUAUGCGAUGCCUCUGAUACCAAUAAUCCAUUUCAGUGUGGCGAAUGGUUCGAACGUUUCGAUGACCCCGACUUACAGCCACAGAACUGUUCGAAUGUUCACGAUGCCAAGUUCUGUAUUAAACAUGUGGGACGUUUCGAAGGUGGCAUUGGAGCGAAAAGAUUCUGUUCGUCCAAAGAUUUAGGCAACUAUUGUGAUUAUGUGCGUAAUAAAGGUGAUCGUAUGGAUUAUAGAUCUUGUAUAUAUACUUGUAAUACGGAUGGAUGUAAUGGUGCGUCUAGUUUACAUCUUACACAACUACUUCUGCCAUCAGUAGUAGGUGUGGUUGCGGUCUUAGCCGUAAUGAGGUUGAAAAACUUGUGGUGAGAGAGAAGCAGAGUUGUUAAAGAGUGUAUUCGUUGAAAUUGUAGAUUUGUUUAAGACAUUGUAAGAAAUUUGUCUAUAAAUCGGGAAUUUAUCGAAAGUUUAUAUACAUAUAUAUCGAGAUUUUUCAAAACAUUUUUAUCAAAAAUUGUCUACGGAAAUUUUUUUCAAAUUGAAAAUUUAUCGAAAAUAAUCUACAAAUCCGAGAAUUUAUUGAAAAUCUCCUAUAAAUCGAGAAUUUAACGAAAAUGUUCUAUAAAUCGAGAAUUUAUCGAAAAUUUUCUACAAGUCAAGAAUUUAUUAAAAUAUUUUUAUAAAUCGAGAAUUUAAGAAAAAUUUUCUAUAAAUUAAGAAUUUAUUGGAAAUUUUCUAUAAAUCGAGAAUUUAUUGGAAAUUAUCUAUAAAUCGAAAAUUUUUCAUAAAUCGUGAAUUUUCUACAAUUCGAGAAUUUAGGUUAUAUUCAGGAAUAAUUCGUGAAAUUAUUGAAAAUAUUCUAUAAAUCGAGAAUUUUUCCAAAUCCUUUUUAUUGAAAAUUUUUUUUAAAUUGAGAAAUUUUAAAAAAUGUUCUAUAAAUAAAGAAUUUAUCGGAAAUUUUCUAUAUAAUGAGAUUUUAUCGAAAAUUCACUAUAAAUCGGGAACUUUUAUAAAAAAAUUUCUAUUAAUAUGUAGAGAUUUGUUGAAAUUGUUCAAAUAGAGAAUUUAUAGAAAAUUACCUGCGAUUCGAAAGUUUGUUGGAAAUUUUCUAUAAAUUGAGAAAUUUUCCAAAAAUCGUAGUAUUUUGUUUAUAGAAUUGUUCGACAAUUGAUUUGUAAAUAGAUUUAAAAAUUAAAAUCGAGUGUUUUUAAAAAAAUUAUUCUUAGUAGAAAAUGAACAGUUUUUCGAAAAUAUUAAAAAUAUUGAAAAGAUUUUAGGAAAUUUUUCGACUUGUAGGGAAAUAUCGAAAUACAAAUUUUAUAAAAAGUAAUCUAAAAUAAUUUUUUGAUUAAAUUCAAUCUUAAUAAUGAAUACAUUCUUUAAAAUCCAACUUUAGUAUUGCAUCACACAAUAAUAUUUUUUUCUAAACUAAAACUUUGUUUUGAAUUGGGACACGAAUAGUAACACAAUAACAAUGAUUCGAAUAAAAUGUUCUAUUCAAGUACUGUUUUUUUUCUACAAAAAUAGCUUUACUUAAUUAGUUAAUAAGUGCCUUUAAUAUUAAUAUUUGAAACUAGUAAAUAAUAACUAUGUAUACACAAAUAUUUUACUAUAUUUUUUGUUAAAUAAAUUUUACUUAAAA